GUUUCAGGAAAAUGAACCAUGGAAGAAAGAGACCUUGGAGGAUGAAUUCUCGGGUGUAAGGCUGCAGAAGCUGGAACAACAGCGGCAGCUAUUUAAGAAGAAACAGCGCAGGAAGCGCCAGGAACCCCUCAUGGUUCAGGCCAAUCCUGAUGCUUCCCUGAGGCACCGGCGACGGAGGCGUGGGGACGAUCGCUUCCAGAGUGACAGCGGCUGGGGACUCGGCACUGGGAGUCCUCUCCUCCAGAAGAACACAGCACAGACACACCUGCCCUCCGGGGCCCACAAUGCCCUGGCCACCAUGAACUAUGGUGGAGAUGGUAGUGGCGAGAGGGCCCCUCUAUUGUCACACAGAGGAGCAGUGUACACGCGGGGCACUGGUGCUGCAUUCCACUACCUACGCUGGCUCCCAGACAGCUCGGAUUCAGAUGUGGAGGAAGUGAGCAUGGAGGACAUCCCUGUCAUCCCCCCACCUCCCAAGACACAUAUGGCAAACCGUCGCAGGGGCUGGCUAGCCUCCCCAGGACCUGGUAAUUUCAGGGACAGGGGAGCAGGGCAGCUGCUACGCAGUGCCCGGCGACCUCGCUGGCAUGUUCUGGCAGGUACUCUGGAUUUAUGUGUCCUAGAGAAGGACCUCACGCAGAUUAUCCAACAGGUCUGUGGAGCUGAUGAAAUUGAUGAAGACCUGGAGAAGAAAGAGGCUUCGGAGUCUACGGGGACAAACAACGCCCCAGUGGUGCCCAAGGUCUUGCAAGGCAAUGGCGACACCAGCAGCCACAAUUCUUGGAAUAUGCCCUGUUCCCUGCCCCGCACGCCAGGCCCUCGGCUCGGGGAGGACAUGGAGGCCUACGUGCUGCUACCCGCACCCCGAGAGCACAUGGUGCAGUGCCGCAUCGUCCGCAACAAGCAUGGCAUGGACAAGAGCAUGUUCCCCUCCUACUACCUCUACCUGGAGGCGGACGACGGAGUGGCUCAUUUCCUUCUGGCAGGGCGGAGAAGGAAAAGAAGCAAGACCUCAAAUUAUCUCAUCUCCCUGGACCCCAAAGACAUGUCUCGCAACGGGAACAACUUUGUAGGUAAAGUUAGAUCCAAUGUCUUGGGCACGAAAUAUACCAUCUUUGAUAACGGGGUGAAUCCUGAGUGGAACUACUGGAUUCCAGACAACACCCGGAUCAGAGAGGAGCUGGGAGUUGUAUGUUAUGAAACCAAUGUCUUGGGAUUCCGGGGGCCUCGCAAAAUGACCGUGACCCUUCCAGGAAUGGACAGCCAGAAGCAGAGGAUGAGAGUUCAGCCACAAAGUGAUCAGGAUUCGAUAUUGAGUCGCCUACAAAAGGGUGCUAGACACGGGCUGCUCCAACUGAAGAGUAAAGCCCCAUCUUGGAGCGAGGAGAGCGGCGGCUACGUGCUCAAUUUUCACGGUCGCGUCACUCGGGCUUCGGUCAAAAACUUCCAGAUUGUGCACCCCGAUGAACCGGACUGCCUGGUGCUCCAGUUCGGCCGCGUGGCCCCAAACGUAUUCACUAUGGAUUUCCGAUAUCCUCUUUGCCCUCUCCAAGCCUUCGCCAUCUGCUUAUCUAGUUUCGAUGGGAAACUGGCGUGUAAGUAA